GAUAGACAACAAAGUGGAGGAACUAGUCAUUAUUUAAUGACGUAUAACACUAUAUAGCUGACAGUUUACAUAAGAUCACAGCAAUUGCUUAUUAUAAAACUUAUGCUAAAACCAGUCAGGAAACGUGCGACUAUUCUGCUACAAUGCAAGAUCCAAUUAUCAAAGUUCAACAGGGCCAAUUGCGUGGAACUUGGGAAAGCAGUUUUUACGGAGUACAAUAUGUGGCAUUCAAAGGAGUACCUUAUGCUAAACCACCAAUUGGAAAUCUGCGGUUUAAGGACCCUGAACCAGUAGAACCAUGGUCUGGUAUCAGAGAUGCGACUAAAUUUGGAUAUUCAAGUCCUCAGAAUAAUGUAAUGCUUAAAGCCGAAAGCGAGGAUUGUCUCUUUUUAAAUAUUUAUACUUCAAAUUUAAAUCUUUCUGUCGCAAAACCAGUCAUGGUUUGGAUACAUGGAGGAGCUUUUUAUCUUGGUUCUGGUGAUGAUUCACUUUAUGGCCCAGACUAUUUAAUUCAUAAAGAAAUUGUAUUAGUUACAAUAAAUUAUCGACUUGGAGUUCUUGGAUUUCUAAAUGUUGAUGAUGAAGAGGCACCGGGUAAUCAAGGUUUAAAGGAUCAGGUUUUAGCAUUAAAAUGGGUACAACAGAAUAUCUCGAGAUUUGGUGGUGAUCCUCACAAUGUAACGAUUUUUGGCGAAAGUGCAGGAGCUGCUUCUGUUCAUUAUUUAACCAUCUCACCACUAGCUCAAGGAUUAUUUAAUAAAGCAAUAAUGCAAAGUGGUGUUGCAGUAAAUCCUUGGGCUGCUUAUCCAUACUCUCCUAAAGAAGCUGCUCUAAAAUUUGCAUCUCUUUUAGGAAGUCAAAUUACUGAUUCCAAAGAGAUAGUAAAGUUCUUAAGAACAAUUGAUCUUCAACGACUACUAGAGGUAGAGAAUUCACUUCGACAAUGGCCGAAUAGUUUUUUCUUUCUACCACCAUUCGGACCAACUGUCGAUAAUAAAUCAAAAAAUCCUUUUCUUCCUGUACCUAUUCGAGAAGCUAUCAAACAAGGAGUUCAAGUUCCCUGUAUUUUUGGUUACACCAGUCGAGAAGGAGUUGUUUUUAUGAGAGAAUUUGAAGAAAGAUGUCACGAAAUUGAUAUAGAUCCAGAAAAUUUAUUAAUACAUCCUAGCACGAAAAAAAUAUUGGAAGAAAAGAAUAUAACUGUGAAUGAUAUGAGAAGAAUGUACCUAGCAGAUAAAAAAAUCGAUAUUAACUCUGCUGAAGAGGUAGCAGACUUAUUAAGUGCAACGCAAAUUAUUAUUGGAAUUCAUCAAAUACUUAUGAUUCAAGCUCAAUUCCCAAAUAUUCCAGCGUACUUAUACAAGUUUGACUAUGAAAUUGAAGUACCACUGAUGCAGAAACUACUAGGACUAAAUAUGAAAGGCACUUGCCAUGGUGAAGAUAUAGCAUUCUUAUUCCUUCCUAAAAUCUUUGAGAUGAUUGGAAAAGUACCACCACCUCAAGAUUCUACCGAAUAUUUCGUAAUUCAAAGAUUUAUCGAACUAUGGACCAACUUCGCUAAAAUUGGAAACCCAACACCUCUAACUUCAAAAUUAAUUCCAAUUGAUUGGAAACCAAUUAAUAAUCCUAUCGAGUACAGUUGUCUAAAUAUUUCUGAGGAUCUCAGUAUGAUCAAAGAGAAAAACAUUUUACUACAAAUCGAACAGAAUAUUGCAAGUAAGCUUUGAUCAAAUUAUAUAAUUAAUAAAUAAUGAAUUUUUCCGAAAAUUUCAUUAUUUAAA